UAACACCCUCCCAGAAAUGUGCCCACAGAACAUGCCAGUGCCGAUACAAGCACAGUCGAGAGAGCUUAAAUUUGAUCCGAACAAUGAGUUUACGCGUGAGGAACACUUUAAAUCACAGGCCAAACACCUUUUGGCGCAGAUAACUUACAAAUUGCCGUUAGAGGGCCACACAGGUCCUUUGCUCAAGUCCAAAAAUGAGAUUGCAAGAUUGGAGAAUCUCAAGAAAGCAAGCGAGGCUGCUCUAAUGAGGGUGAAGGAAAAAGGGCGUAAGCUGUCAGAAUUUAAAAAAGAUGUGAAAGAUACCAAUGAGCAUCCGACAAAUGGCAAGGAGAAGAGGAAAAGAAUGGGAAACGCGAUAAGAAGAAUUGAACAUACGAAGAGAAAUAACAGUAAAAAUAACAACAGGAAAGUAAGACGGGAUGACAAGGGCACGGGCAGGAAGAGAGUGAAGAAAUAACUAGAUAAAGUUAAA